AUGCUCCGGCCACUUCCUGCGCUGCUCCCAAAAGCCGUUCCUCUGCACUCCUCGCACCCCCAGCACCCCCAGCACCCGUUGCCGCCCAAGCCCCAGUUUUCUCCCCUCUCUGAAUCUACAUCCACAGAUGAACGGGCCCAGCAGUCCGUAAAGAAGCGAAUAGAUCUUGGAUGCCCGUUCAGCGAUAUCAAGUUCCUUGAUUUAACAGGGCUCCAGGACUCCGAGAUUGAAGCUUGUAACGAUCCCGCGUGCGUGGUCGAAGACGAUGCAUCUAAGCAGGCUCCUCGCUCAGUGCCCCAGCUAUCUCUAAAGCAUUUCUCAGACACCGAAUAUGCACAAUCCAAGUUUGACGGAAACACAAAGAUUCUAGAGACUGUCGAAAUUCCAAAAUCCCCCACUCUGAAGUGUUCGCCCGUGGUGCCUGCGACUAGAGACGGGAUUAAAUCAACGUUCCCCUUGCGCUCGAAGUCGCCGGCAGACGUGACGCCCGGGGGCGCUUUAGCGCCUAUCCUGAUCGACUCAGAUGACGACAAAACCGAUGUUGAAGGCCCGCAGGGCACCGCAGGCCAUGCGCGCACUGAGCCACUGCCCGAUUGCGAUGCUACGGAGACUCGUGCAGCUCCCCGCGACGAGGAUGAGGGGAGUCAGCAGAUAAAGGGAGAGCCAUCACCGUCACCGUCGCCAUCAUCACCUCGGCCGCUGCGCGUGGUGGCAGUGGAGGUUCCCGUCCGCCGUGUCACCCCGCACGUCCCUUCCAGCCAGUGUCCAUCGGCCCCCAUCGCUCGGGAGGCAGACGAUAACGAGGGUGACGGCGACAGUGGCUAUGUAGACAGCGAGGGCGAGGACGAUGCUGCGGCAACAUCAAAGCGGCGGAAGGUCGCCAUACCCCCGCCGUCCGCCCGUCGCGCACCCUCGAGCCCGUCCUCCCUGCCGGCGGACGCCAUUAUGUCCCUGACGCUUGGACGUGGUGGACACGUCGACGCUGGGGUCCAAUAUCAUCUCCGCCGUGGUGGCCCACUUGAUGGGGAGCCCAGCGGUGACCGGCAGUAUAGCUACCGAUAG